AUGGUUAAAUUUACCAGCGCCCUCGCAUUGAUGUCCCUGGCAUGCCUCGGACAAGCUGACACCGGCGGAAACGUCUGCACUCUGUCCAAGCUUGUCGACCAGAAGAAUCCGCCUCCGGGGCUGGCCCACCGCCCCCUGCCGAAGAUUCAGGGCCCAGCACGCAUCAGCUUGACCAACACCAUCUCGGUUCAGAUGAUCCAGGCCGAUAAGACCCAAGGCUGCACGUGGAAAUUCUUCAACUCUGGCGGUAUUCAGAAGGAAGUGUGGUACUCCUCUGGAACCAAGAGCUGGAGUUCGAUCUGGGUCUACGCAAACUCUGAUCAAAGGUCCAAGGAUGGAGGCGAGGGCUGCACGCUGCAUGACAACUACUGUGAUUCUGACAACGAGGGAGUGUUUAUCGGCACUGCCCAGUAG